AUGCUGGAGGCGAAGAGGGCGCAGCAGGCGGAGAAGAAGGCCUACGCCGAGCAGAAGGCCGCGGAGGCGGCGGGCCAGGCCUUGAAGGGCAAGGCCAGCGCGAAGGUUGCGCUCUCCAAGGGUGCGGCAGACCUGCUCGCGAGGUGCCAGAAAGGAGGGCCUAUCAGCGAGCGGCAGGUGCUGGCGACGGUGGCGGAGCGCGUCACUGCGGACCCCGAGAAGGACCUCGACCUCUUCGCGGUGUUCUUCGAGCUGGGCCAGAAGGGCAGCGACGCGCGCACGCGGCAGCUGGCGCUGCUGUCCGCGGUGGCCGUGUUCCAGGACCUGGUCCCCGGCUACCGCAUCCGCGAGCUCUCGGAAGCGGAGAAGGAGACGAAGCUGUCAAAGCAGGUCCUCUCGAUGCAGAAGCACGAGAUGGACCUCCUGCAGGUCUACCGCAAGCUCCUGCCAGCCCUGGAGGCGGCGAUGAAGUCCGACCCGCUGGCCAUGGCGCCGGCUCUCGCCAGCCUGGUCAGGGCCGCGGCGGACUUCAACUACGCCCAGCGGCUCCUAGGCACCGCCGUGAAGCACGCCAACAGCGACCACGAGCCCGUAAGGCGGGUGGUCGCUGAGGCCUUGCAGGAGACGGUGAAAGCCGACCAACGCCUGGACGCAUCGCGGGAGGUGGUGCUCGCCGUCGGGCGGCUGGCCCAGGGGGUGUCGGCCUCCGCGGGCAGGCCCGGCCGCAGGGCGGGCGGCGCGGCGGGGGACGACCCGAGCGGCAGCCAGAGGUACACGGGCCUGCGGAGGGAGCUGCUGGCCGUGCUGCUGCACCUGCCUGUCGGGCGCGCAGAAGCGGCGCAGCUACGCGGGCACAGCGACAUCAUGGACGACGUCGCCGAGGCUGACGACGAGGUGAAGCGCAAUCUGACGGAGUCCUCCAUCAGCCACGGUGUGGAGCAUCUGCGCAAGGCCGAGGCGGAGCUCCUGUACGAGGUGUUCGUGGUCUACCUGCGCAUCCUGCGGCAGCGCCACCUGCACGCGCGGGAGUUGCUGGCCACGGUGCUUGCCGGCCUCGCGAGGUGGGGCCAGCACGUCAACCUCGAGCUGCUCCUGGAGAUCCUCGCAGAGCUGCGCCACACCGUGCAGGACGCGCUGACCCAGGGCAACGAGCUGGUGGCGAUGCAGGGCCUGAACUGCGCCCUGGUCCUGCUGGGGGGACAGGGCAGGGCCCUCAUCACCGACGCCACGUGGCUGGGGGACUCUAUGGCGAGCGCGCUUGUGCUGGCGCUCCCGUCGCUGCACAGCGCCCACUCGGAGAGCGCUCAGUGGCCCCCGCCGCGCUGCUUCUCGGUGGACGACGGGAGGUCGCUCCGCGCGUCCGAGAGGGAGCUGGCUGGCGCCCUCGAGGGCGACAGCAUGCCCGCGCUGGUGUUGCGCUGCCUGGAAGCGGCCCUGCGGUGCCCGCAGGGCUACGGGAAGGCCUCGGACUCGGCGCUGGCGGGGCUGAUCGAGCGCCUGUUUCUGCUCGCGCUCGGCGCUGACCCGCACGUGGCCCUCGCGAUGCUGCGGGAGGCGUCCCUGCUGCUUCGGAAGCACCACCGGCUUCACACCCUCCUGGACGAGGAGGGCGGCCUGUUCGGGUUGGGCGGCGUCACGGACAAGGCUGUCACCGUGCUGUGGCACCUGCAGGCGCUGGCGUUCUCGCUCGCGCCCGAGUGUGCCAGGGCCGCCAAGGCCCUGCCCACGGCCAUCCCGUCCAAGCGCGCGGUGAUCGCGGACCUGUUCCCCUCCAGGGACUCGCGCGCCUGGCUCGCCGCGGAGUUCCUGCAGCACCUCGCGGGCCUGUCGCGGGCGCCGCGGCCCGCAAGGCAGAGGGCCACGAAGGCGGCGCGCCGCGCCAAGUUCUUGGCGCAGGAGGAGCUCGAGGGCAUCUGCAGGGUCGGCCUGUGA